UAUAAUUAAAUAUAACAUAUUUAAAAUGCAUGGAUAGUAUAAAAUUCAUGUGUGUAUGCAACACUUGCUGGUAUUAAAAGAUGGGUCAUUCGGCGCUUUUUACCAAUGGGCGCCUAUGGAUUCUCCUAGUCCUAUGUUUGUGUGCCUGCGCAGACGUAAAGAACGACAAAUGUCGUCGACCAGAAAUUUUGUCGCCAAGGACUCUAUUCGUCUACCAACAAACAGAUACAGUUGAUGUAACAAUAUAUCACUGCCACUAUCGCCAGGAAAUCAAAUGUAUACAUGGUAAUUGCUCCGACUGUCUAGUAAACAAAUUGAAAUACACAGAUGUCGAAACAACGUACCAAUACAGUGACAUCACACAGAACUGUAUAAAUGCUUUUGAUACAAAUAAAUUUAUAGACAAAUAUGGUAUCUCAAAUCAACCUAAAGUAGUAACAUACAAUUUGAACUGCACAUAUUCACGUCUCGAUAAAAUUGUAAACGUUACACUAAGAAAAUAUGAUAGACGAGCCGAAAUAGGACGAGAUAGAAUAGUGUUACAGUCGGGCACCUUUUGCAAAUAUACCUCAGGGUUUUGCCACGACAAAAAAGAAGACAUCGAUGUCAUGUGGACAGUGAAAGACCUCGCUGAUGAAUGUUCCCUUUACAGAAAAAUAAACGUUUCGGACUUGUAUUAUUUCGCCUUUAACCACAACCGUUACGCUAUACUUGAAUCGUACGGCAAAUAUUUUCCUAUAAAAUUGACAACAAAGCAGGGAAGUUGCUCAGUCGCUAAAACGUGGAAAACACAACAAGAAGGACUGAUAAUAACAGAAGGGCUCAUAGUAAACGCAAGCAGUAAUAACAUCCUGCAACCGACAGAUUAUUUGAAAUUCUACUUUACAAACAAGCAAGCCUUGUACGAUUUUCUAACCGAAACAUGUACCGCCGAUUUAAACAAUGAAAACUCGAAUUCCUGGCUUCUACAAAAAUCGUUCUCGACGAAGUCAAAGUUGCGAGACCAAGACAAUAGUUUGAACAACUUAAAUACCGAGAUUCAAAGUCUUCUAUCUAAAGCAAAAAUUUAUUUCUACAUAAUUGUUUUUAUCGUAUUAUGUUUGACGAGUGUUAUAGUUCUCUUGACCUACUUUAUACUAAAAACAAAAUCUUCGAUUAUCAACUGCAGUUAUCCACGAUAUCCUCCACCUAAUCCAAGCGGACCAGUGAAUAUUGUUAAUGCUUACGAAUAUAUCACAUCGGAAUAUGACAUUAAUUCUAUCUAUGAAAAAAAGUACUGUCAGUUACCUGAGAAAAUCAGCAAGACCUCAAAUGCCCGAAGUAUGUACGAAAGUACGUUGGAACACUAAAAAAUUAAUAAAAUCACAUUAUAAAGAGAACAGUAGGGACAACUUACGUUUUUAUGAAUGAAAGCAGCCCUUCAGAAUCUGUUUCGAGUGAAAAUAGCUUCACUUCCAUUUCAGAGUGACGCUAUAACUUCACUUAGGCAUAGUAGCUUUUCACCUUCAUUCCCAGUUCACAAGAAAUAUGGGUUAUAAACCCCCCAAAAAAAAUUUUCCGACAAAAAUUUUGGCAUUUUGAGUUUGU